AAGGGUCUCCGGUAAAUAUCUCGCUUUAGUAGGGAACUAUCGUGUUGCACUGAGAUACAUCUGCGUUUAAAUAGAAGACGUCCCAUUAGUGUCAGGGCUAUUAUAUCAGUGCAAGAGGAUCCAAAAACCUCUUUCUAUCUCAAGAAAUUAUACAAAACCACUUCUUGAUCGAUGGAGAAUUCAGACUCUUUGGACACAGACUUUUCUAAUGAGUGUGUCUUCCACUCUUUGUUGACUGGAACAUUCCAGCUCAGCAAUAUAACCUCAGCAAACCUACUCUAUGAAAACUCAACAGUGGAUUAUCCAAUUUUAUAUCUAUCAAACUGCUCUAAUCAUACAAUAAUAGAAAAAUUUAUGGAAUUUGGCGAGUUUUAUCUUCUGAAUGAUUACUUCAUGAGACAGCAGAUAUCAUACAAAAAUAGAUUUUCAAAUAGCACGAUUAUAAUGGCUUAUGUCCUAACUGGUAUAACUGUUACCAACUGGAUAUUGCUUUUUUUGCUAUUGCUUUCAACUAAUAAGAAACCAAAGCUAACUUAUUUCAUAACAGUCUUUUAUGCAAUAAUAUCAACCAUUAUUCUCUCUCAAACCACUGACUUGUUAAAAAUUCAGUAUGUGAAUAAUUAUCAAGACAUUUUUGAAUUUGAAGAUGUUAUAAUAAAUGGCUUGACAUAUUUAAUUACAAGAAUUAUUCUUGAAUUUUUUAUAAGGAUUGCUUGGUUUGAUAUUUUAAUAAAAAUUUACAGCUUAAAGUACAAAAGAAAACUAAUUAUCAUUGGUACCUUUUUCACAUGUUUAUCUGUGACCAUGGAAUGCUUGAAUUUUUUUUUCAAUCCUGACAAUAACAACGUUAAUUUGUCAAUUAAAAUCUUGUCUUAUUCAGUGAGAUAUUCUGUUUAUUUAAUUUUCAAUGUAUCUUUAUGGUAUUAUACCAUAAAAAAGAGAAACUUUGCCUAUAAUAGAAAAUCUCUACCUUUGGGUAUAUUUUCCAAUAUUCUACUAAUAAUGCCUAUAUGUUUUUGUUCAUUAUCAUUAAGUUUGAACAGAUCCUAUUUUAAAUUAUUAUCAACCUUUUUUGAGGUCGUUUUGUGCUCAAUAAUAUGGGAAUGGGUUAAAACAAUUCAAUAUUUUGAAAAUAUAUAUGAAAGUAAAACAAUAAUUGGAAGAAAAAUAUCAGAAAACAAUCUUUUUAAUUAUAAUUCCUGGAAUUCCAGUUCAAUAGAUAACAAUAAUAGCGAUAAAAACAAUGAUAAUUCAAAUACUACUCAUUUUGGUGGCGGUGCUUUAGAACCAAGACAUAAACAUAAACAUCAAGAACUGACGAAAAAAAAUAAAAAGAAAAAACAAAGUACUAGCCAAAGUCGCAAAAGAAAAUCAAAGUACUUAACUGAUUUAUUUACAUCAAAAACUCCUAUAACAAAAACGGAAAAUAGCUCAGAAAAUAAUGAAAUUAACUCUCAAAAGAAUAUUGAUGCAGUUAAUCGGAACCUGAUUGAUGAUAACCAAAAUAAUGAAGGUUAUAAAAAUGGAUUUUCAUCAAAUAAAAUUAACAAAUCCAUCCAGAAAAAUCUUGAUAAUAAAUUUAUAAAUUUGCUCUUUAAAAAAAAAAGAGUUGAUAGUCCUCCAGCAGAGGGCGAAAUUAUAUCUCUAUGGGAAUUACAAGAAGAUGAUUUGAAUCCAGAAUUCUCAAAUCAAACUAAUAUACAUUCAACAAUAUAUGGGUUCAAUGACAAUGAUAGCAGCUCAAACAAAAAUGAAAACAAUAUAAAUAGCAAUGAUGAAUGCAAUGUAAAUAAUAAUGAUGAAUAUGAGAUCACAGGGUUUAACCCUAUUGAUAAUAUAAUUCAUUCAAAUUUAGUUCAAGACACAAUUACCAAUACAGAAGAUCCCACAAAAAGCUCAGUUCAGCCUUUCAGCUAUAACAGCUCUAAUGAUUAUGAAAUACAAGAAUAUGAACUUGAUAACAUUCAUAAUUUUGUCUCAACCAGUAAUAUUAACCCACAAACAUACGCAGAAACACAACCAACAAUUAUUCAGAAUAAUAACACUGAUGAACCUCCUACUUUUGAAAUACAUGAAGGAUUUAAAAUAGGAGAUUACUUUAUAGAUGAAAAAAACCCAAUGGAUCGCUGAUUUAAUUGCGUGGCUCAGUUUUACUUUUUUUUUUUAAUUAUAGAGUUCUAGAUUUCCCCAAAUUGAUAUUUUUUGUUUUUUUUAGUUUUUUAUUUGAAAAAAUUAUAUAAUGACUAAAUUUACUGAUUUUAAUCCUUUUGCAUAUCCUCAAUUGUUUUUUGAAGUAUUAAAAUAAUUAA